UGUGCAAUUGCAUCGUGCGUCGCGCACCUUGGUGCAGUGGCUCUGCCUACGACGAUCAUACGACGUGGCCGGGGUUCGAUUCGAUUUUUAUUUUAUUCGUCAGUAGUGUAGUUCUCUGUGGUGACAAGACACGGAGUUUCUUAUUGCAUCUUAUUGCAUUCCAUCUUUCAAGGAGUCGUCAUCGUUCGAUCAGACACUUGUCAGUGGAGUUUUCCUUUUUUUUGGAUGUGCUUAUAAUCGGCUUAUUUAUUUUCUCCAGCAUGCAUUUGUACGGGGAAAGCCGUGAUACUGGAGAAGCGUUUAAGGUGAACCAGUGGAACGGCGUGGAUGUGGUGAUCAACGGGACGCUGCAGCACGGCAUCGUCGUUGGAAUAUCUGCCGUAUCGGCCGACGGCCAGAAACACGGUCUGCUGAUCGACUUCAACUGUCCACAGCGUCAUUCGGAGUUUGCCGAGUACGGCAACAUCUUCAGCUGCCCCGACACUAUCGCGAAUCCCUGCGAGCGAUGGACGCAGGUUGCGAAGUGGGCGGAGACCCAUCCCCUGCAGGCUUUAAUACGCGUCGGUGCCGAUCGGGCGUGGACGUGGUGGCCGGUCAAACAGGUGGUGCUGGAGGGUACGCUGCGCCGAGCGUGUUGCAACGAAAUCGAUUGCGAACUGGUGGAGGUGCAGUGGGGCGAUGCGGUAACGAAGGAGCUGAUUCCGCUGCGGCAGGUCCGCUGUGUGCCCUCACCGCAAGAUCUCCAGCAGCGCCGUGUGGGACCGGAUUAUUUUGUCAGCCGCGAAUGCCGUCUGCCUAAGGGAUACUGGUCGGCGCCUCCGGGGGCGACGCGACGGUUGUGGCAGGACCUUAGCCGCGGGCGUCGUGCCUGCUGCGUUGCCGUUCGCACUGACAGCUUCACGUAUUUUCAGCGCAAUAGUCGAGAAAUACCGAAACUUUCACUCGACGGAGUGGAAAGCGCUUUCAGUGACGUUAUAAAAUCGGGAUUUGUUCAACAUUCCCACGGCAGCCAGGGCGACGGAAGCCCGGAAGGGGAGUGGGAUGGGCGGCGCUUCGUCCCCCCUCGGGAAGAAGUAAAGCCCAGCCGACCGACGAGCAUCCGGAUCAAACGGGACGCGGCAUCCCCGUACCGCGCGAAAUCAUGGCGGAAGUUCUCCAGUCACUGGACACCUUCGAGCGGGUCGGCAUGCGGCGCGUUUGCCGUCUGUGGGAUCUUGUGUUGGAUGCGGAUGCGGGUGCGACAGGCCAACAACUGUGGAUUUCCUGCCGCCAUCGCCCCCAUAAGACCUUCAGUUGGGCGGCAGGGCAGUUUCUGCUGGCUUCCUGCCUCCUCAAAUCCACCACCACGGACACCAUCAUCUUAGAGGAUUCUGCAGAGGCAUCGUACACGUCGCGGGGCGUGUACGGAAUGGUAGCCACCCUGUUGCAGCAGCGGUGCAUUAAGCGGCUGAUCCUGUCCCGGCAUGAUUUCGGCCAUCAUGACUGCCAUCUGCACGUGUACCUGGACUGGAUGAAUCAACAGCUGACGCGGUUUGCCGCCACCUGCCAGGUCGUCGUGUGGCGCGAGUGCCGGCUGUCGCUGGUGCAGGUCAGCGGAAAGGUGGCUUAUGCCAAAUUCUGUCUGCGUGAGGCCCCGUCCGCCCGCCUGGCGCAGUUGUGGGAGGUCUGCGAAAAGUCACUCGUCGAGAAGCAGGUGGACGAUCUGCCGGGGCUGGCGGAGUAGAUGGCGCGUUGUGCCAGUACAUGGAAUCAAGAGCGCGGGCAUAUUAUGGGUUGUGAACGAAUUUAUUGGCACGGAUCAAUGCACGUCGCAGCAGGGCGCUUAGCAAGAAUGGACAAUGGAGAGUUUGGCCAAUUUGGAUGUGUACCGGCUGCCGAAGGUGACACACUUUAUGCUGCAAUGUCGAAUCAACCAUAGUUGAAGAUUGUCAAUGCCUACAGACUACUAAGUAUUAUUGGACUAAUUACUAAUUAAUUAUUAUUAUUCCUCAUUACUAUUUUUCUACUAAUUAAUUUAUCACUUGAUUUUUGUGGACUAUUUUCGUAAUUGUUCCAUGUUGGGAUUUAAAGUGAAAAGUAUCGUAUGAAAGUAAAAAGUAUCGUAUGAAAUUUAAAGUAUCGUAUGAAACUGGUGUUCAGGAUUUCCUCUUGAGAAUUUUAUCAAUCGUGUCGUUCACAUAAUAAUCGAUGUGUUUCGCAGUUGUCUCUGUUGUUUAUGCGCUGCAGCGAUUAAAUUGUUCUAUAUAUAGCGCCAGUUCGUCUUUCAUGUAUCCAGGAUUCCAGACUCCAGAGCAGGCAACGCGUUUGUAGUGUACGCGACCUUGUCCCAGGCUUAUUGUUGCGCGAUCAGGAGUAAGUCACUGGAUAUAUUGUAGCGAUAGAAGUUGUACAGCCAUAAGACCACCCAGUUAUGAUUCAUCAUGACGUUAUGAAGUCUUUUUAUUUUAUCGGCUAGCUGUUCUUCUUUACAAUUUCUACAAUUCAUUCUUGUCUCAGCUUGCAUCAGCUU